UGUUUACUUUAACAUCGUUUCCUCACGCCGUCCAAAUCGAUACCACUUGCAAAUGCAUUCGGAUCAUGUCUUCAAAAUAUCGAAUAUGUACACCUGAUAUGGCGAGUCGCACCCAUGUGGUUAGUUACAAUACAGAGGCUUGGCAUUUUGACGUCACGCACACAACAUCGUUCAGCACUGUUGCGCGAACCUCGUAUCCAUAGACAGCAGCCAUGCAGUUCGUCCUCUGGCUGUCUUCAUAUCCCUCAAUUCUACAUAUCUCGAUAUCACUCGAGUUGACAUGAUGGCCAUUUGACCAGAAUCUAACAAUUUCUUCAAACCUUUCUGCAACACGUUGCUUUCUCCACGCGGCACAUCCAAGCCAUGGAAACUGCAGAGGAGCGCAAGCUGCCACAUCUACCCAAUCGCAAGUCAGGGGCCAAGCCCACAAAGCAAUCUUCAUCAAGUUCAAGAUGGUACACUGGCACCGGUGCCUUUGCUGCUGCCCUCGUUCUCAUCACCGCCGUGUUUAGGCCAACGCGCUGGCUGAUCGCGGGGGCUCCAGUCCUGUCCUACUCUCUCGUUCUUGGUGAAUAUCAUGGCCACCGUGUCGUGCCUUUUCUCCCACUAUGGACCAUCAUAUCGACACUCAACCUUGCAUAUGUCAUUGCUUCGACGUCCUGGCUCCUCUAUUGGGUUUUCGCAGGUCUCUGUUACCCCGCAAUUGUCCUGACCUGUCUGUUCCAAUUCGAUGCUGCUGCGAGAUUCGCCCGCAAGACGCUUCGGGGGACACUGCUCCGGGACUUGCAUUUUAUCAAGGAUAAAGUUGCUUUCUUCGAUCUCCCCGCCUUGGAAAUCGAUGGCGAUGUCCAGGGGCUCUUUUCCAUACGCGGGGUCACUCUUUCGCUCUCCACGUUGACCCUGGUCGCCCACGGCGUGGAGGUGGGCAUCAAGCUUUCUGAGGAUAUGGAACUCGCCAUACAGACGGACGAAGUGACGGUAUCGCUGCUGAGAGAAAUCGUAGUCGAUGAUGUUUACGCUAAUGUCAAGGGAGGAGAUUGGGAAAUGACAUUCGGAUCUUUGAAGCCGGACUCGAUCCAAAGCGACGACGAUUCUUUCAUGGUGAAAGACACAGCAAUAUUAAGAGCGGCAUCAGCGCCUCUCGAUGGGAAACGCGCGGCACAUGUUGGGCUUGCCGAGGCAAUGACAGGAGGUGAUCCUCCAGAAGAGGCUCCAGAUGCUGGGUCGGCUUUCCAAUCAGUGAAGAAGCUCUCUCCGGACGAAAACGAGGCCAGCCACCAAUAUAAUGAGAUCAUAAAGCAUAUCCAGGAUACCAGCGAGAUAAAACUGGCCAUUGAUGACCUGAAGCGCAACAGCAAAAAGAACGAGAACGAUAACGGGCUAGAUAUGGAGAAUGAGGACGACCUUCGAGCCGCAAUAUGCGCCCACAUCCACAGUCGCCCCUCGAUCCCUCACCCACCUCAACGUUCUAUCCGACUCUCCACCCUGAAAAAGACUAACUACCCAGGAGUCAAGAAGUUCUUACACAGGCUGCCGCUUCUCUAUCGAUUGCUCCUCAACCCCAUCUGCUACUUCCACCCAGUCAGUUUCAAAUCGAUAACCGCCGCCGGAUCCGGGAAAUGGUUCGUGAGCCUAAUGGACCAGUACCUCUUCAAGCACUACUCGACCCAGGACCCCGACGUCCGCCGCCUCAAAGCCCGCAUAUCCGCCUGGCUCGCCGACGCCAACUUCGCCGUCGGCCUGAAAUCCAUGCGCGGCACCGCGCAGUUCCCCAUCAACACCAACUACGACAUAGAAACGCACUACAAGAUCGGCGACAUCAUGGCGCACCGCGUCCUCCCAGGGUCUGUCGACCUGAAACAAGUCGUCUCGCUCGCCGGCGCCGACGCCACGCUCUCCAUCCCCACCUACAUGUUCCCGCACCACGAGCACAUCAUGCCGUCCCAGCCCACCGAGUUCGAAGAGCUCGAGAUGGAGCAGGCCGCGAAGGACGCGGAGGGCACCCCCCGCGAAGUCCAGGCGCAGACGGCGCUCGACCAGCUCCGCAAGGACGAGGCGAACUUGCAGAUCUCGGCGCACGUCCACCUGCCCGCGCGCUUCCACCAGGACCUGCUCAAUUUCAUCGCCGCGCUCGUCAAGGCGACCAAGGUUAUCGAGACGGACAAGGACUUCGAGGAGGCGAAGACACUCCGCGAACUCAAGCGCGUCACUACGGAUCUCGCUGGAAAGCGCCUCUCCGGUGAGCUCUCAGACAGCGAGGCAAGCAGCAUCGCGUCCGCGGCGACGGGGAGUGGCAUGUCGGGCUCGACGAUCGGCCCCGUCGCGGAGGACAAGGGGUUCAGGAAUUUCCUGAGGAAGGUGGACACGGGGUUCAAGGAGGCGGGCGUCAAGACGAGGGACGGCAUGCGCAAGGCUGGCGUUAGCACCGUGAGCGCCAUGGCGAACGACCGCUGGAUCGCGAAGCUCGUCGGCAAGGUCACGAGGAAGCUGGAGAAGGCCCAGGGCGAUAUAGGGUACUCUGGGAAGAUCCCCGUCAGCCUCCAGAAACAGCGCGAGAAGUCGGAGGACGAGAGUAAACUCCUGCCUUGAGCGUUUUUUCGUUUUGAUUUGUAGUAGUCUACGUAGCGAGAAGAGCGAGAAUUGAGAUACCCUUUUACCCA